CACUUCGUCGUGGACUUUUUUAAUGAUCCAAAUGUGAACUCCAAUUUGAAGUUGCUUUCAGGUUCUGGAGAGUGGACUACAUUAGGUACCAACGUAAAAAAUAUUGAAGCUACAGUUGUUCCUUGUACACAAGUUUCCAUGUCAUUUUUUGACCGAUUGUACACUGAAGGAGUUGUUAGAGAGACUGGGCAUAUUGUGAAGUGUUAUGAUGAAUAUUAUGAUGACAUUCCCAUCUCAGAUGAGUUAAGGAAGGUUUUGCUCCUGGAAGACUCAGACCAUUUUGAUUUAUUCAGCCAGUCAGAACGUGAGGAGUUUCUCUUCUGUCUUUUUAAACAUCUUUGCCUUGGAGGAACACUCUGUCAAUUUGAAGAUGUACUUGAUCCAUACUUAGAAACUACAAAGGCGUUGUAUAAAGAUCUUGUGAGUGUUCAAAAGCAUCCUGAAACAAAGGAAAUAAGUGUCACAUCUGUGGUCUUCAAAGUUGCUGCCUACGGCGCGGACGGCAGCUGCUUCCCCGGCCGCGACCGGCUGAGCUUCGCCUACAUCAGCGUGGACCCGCAGCGGCGACACGUGCACGCGCUGUCCCACUGCGCCGGGGCCGCCUUGCCCGCCCGCUGACUGCGCGCGACGCCUGGCCCGGCCCGAAUAAACCUCCUCUAUUC